UAGGGACGGAGAGAAACAGAGGAAGAGAGAGAGUGAGAGAGAGCGAGAGAGAGAGAGGGAGGGAGGGGUAGGACAAGAGUGAGAGAGGCAGAGAGGCGAAAAGACACAAAACUUGUGAGUUGACAAAAGAGGGCAGGUACCAGAGGCAGGACGAUGAAGGCCGGCGCGGGACUCUUCUCUGCAUUGGCUCUGUUCCUCCUGAUGGGGGCAGUGUACACCCAGAGAACUCGGCCAAGGAAGCCCACCAGGCGCCCAGGCACCACCACCAGGAAGCCUUCUGUCCCAAAGCCUGCUGUACCAGCACAGCCAGAACCCCAGGAGCCCACUGACUUCCCCCCGCCCAUCCUGGGCCCGCCCUCCAUCUAUCCUGACUGCCCCCGAGAGUGCUUUUGCUCCCCAAGCUACCCGAAUUCUCUCAACUGUGAGAACCGGAACAUCCGUGUGAUCCCUGUCAUCCCAUCCAGAACCCACUACUUGUACCUGCAGAACAACUACAUCUCAGAGGUGACAGCAGAGCCUUUCGUCAACGCCACUGAGGUCCGCUGGGUCAACUUGGCAAACAACCGCAUCCAUCGAAUAGAUAAACAGGUAUUUCAGAAGAUUCCAGCACUGCUGUAUCUCUACGUGCACCGUAACCAGCUAAAAGAGGUCCCUCCAGGCCUCCCAGCAAGCCUAGAGCAGCUCCGCCUCAGUAGGAAUCGUAUUUCCAAAAUCCCUUCUGGUGCCUUCAGCAAGAUGGGGAACCUGACUCUGCUUGACCUGUACCACAACCAGCUGAGUGACAGUGACUUGGGUAAGAACACAUUCAGGGACCUGAAAAGCCUCAUGCAGCUCAAUCUGGCUCACAACAUCCUGAAGAAGAUGCCUGAUGGCGUACCCAGUGGCCUCAUUCAACUUUUCCUGGACAGGAACCGUAUAGAUGACAUCCCAAAAGACUACUUCAAAGGCUUCACUCACCUGGCAUUUGUGAGGCUGAACUACAACCAGCUGAGCGAUAAAGGAGUUCCCAAAAAUGUGUUCAACGUUUCCACCCUGCUGGACUUGCAGCUGGCCCACAACCAGCUCGCCUCUGUUCCUCUCUUCAAUGGUCACCUGGAGCACCUGCAUCUCAACCACAACAGCAUCGAGAGCAUCAAUGGUACCCUGCUCUGCCCUUACAGCCUGCAGGCCGACAUGAGUGAUCUCAGCGUGGUGCCCAGACUAAGGUACCUGCGUUUGGAUGGAAAUCACCUCAGCCCCCCCAUCCCUCUGGAUAUCAUCAUGUGCUUCAGGCAUCUCCACUCUAUUGUCAUUUAGGAGAAACUUGCCUCGAGGCCUGGAGGCACACGCGCACACAUAAAGCACACACACAUGCAUGUACACAGCACACACACAAACAAACACAGAGUCACUGUGUACAAACUGAAUUCAAGGAAAAACAUACUCAGUGAAGCACAAGGUAUAUCCACCCGUAGAUACUGUGGAAGUGUGUUAGUGAGAGAUAAAUGGAAAAACUGUAAAGCUUUGAUAGUUAAAGCUUUGAAAAGUUUAAUUGUUGCCAGAACAGUGAACUAUAAAUAUAGGAGGAGUGGAUAUGCCAACAUUUAGGGUUAGGUUUCUGUAGAAAUUACAGUUUAUCCGUAAUUUUUUUGUUUAUAUAAAAAAAAAAAAAAAAGUUUGAGUUAAGCCUGAAAAUACAGGUACAGUGACAGAAGCUACAGAUAUGGCGGGUAGUUAUGUUCGCUUGCAGAUGUGAUCAGAGUAGAGCUGCCACCAUUAAGAACAACCAGAAGAACCAGUUUAAAACAUAACUACCAUGUAGUUGAAACUGUCCCAAAUGUGCCUGUGAUUUUCAAGGUACUCCAUGUAAAAAUGUCAUUCUAUUCUUUUUAUUCGUAGUCUUCUGUAUAUUAUUCUUCUGUAUAAAGACGCUUUGUACAAAUAACGGAAAAUAAAACUUUUUCUUUGAUCAUUUGA